AUGUGCUCUGUUACAUUUGAGCUUGGAAAUAUGGGAAAACAAGCACUGAUAAGUCAUGCUAAAGGCAAAAAACAUCUUAGGAGAGUUGCUCCAUCGACACAACAAGUUUCUUUGAACUCUUUUGUCACUGUGCAAAAGCAAGAAUCCGAACAAAAUUCUUCAGCAGCAGAAAGGACAAUGACUGUACCACCUCCUCCCGUCGAUCUUUCUCAAGUUGCCAGUUCAUCUGAUUCAUCUAAAGGCACAAUUAAAAAGUAUGUUACCAAAGAUGAAACUCUAAAAGCAGAGGUGCUGUGGGCUAUAAAAGUCCUCAUGUCUCACUAUUCCUGUAAUAGUAGUGCAGGCACUGACAAGCUAUUUUCCAAUAUGUUUCCAGACAGUGUAAUUGCCAAACAGUUCCAAUGUGGAGCAACAAAGUGUUCAUACUUGAUUUGUUUUGGCAUUGCCCCAUUUUUUCAUGAUGAAUUAAUGAAAAGACUUCAAGAGCAAGGAACAAUGUAUGUUAUCUCAUUUGAUGAAUCGCUGAAUAAAGUGAUCCAGAAAGAACAGAUGGAUUUGAUUGUGCGCUUUUGGGAUGUUCAGAAGAAUAAAGUUGUAUCAAGAUACAUUGAUUCCCAGUUUCUUGGUCACACAAGAGCUGCAGAUUUACUUCAAAGUUUCAAGCUAGGUCUACAAAAGCUGAAUCCUGCAAACCUUGUGCAGGUAUCGAUGGAUGGUCCUAAUGUUAACUGGAAAUUUCUUGAAGACCUAUUAGAAGAUAGAGAACAAACUGAUCCAGAUCUUCCAAAGCUCAUUAAUAUUGGUGCCUGUGGGUUACAUGUGGUACAUGGGGCUUUUAAAUAUGGAGCUACAGCCACAGGCUGGCGUCUUGAUAAACUUCUGAGGUCUCUCUGGUACACUUUUUCAGACUCACCAGCAAAAAGAGAAGAUUAUGAAGCCAUUUCUGGAAGUUCCAUGUGGCCACUACGGUUUUGUGGAACAAGGUGGCUGGAAGAUUUGCCAGUGGCAGAACGAGCAGUGGCUAUCUGGCCAAAUAUCAAGAAAUAUGUUGACGAGGUGUCAAAGCUACCAAAGAGCAAAAUUCCUACAAGCCAAUCUUUCAAAAAUCUACAGGCAUUUGUACAAGAUCCACUCAUUGUUGCCAAACUUGAGUUCUUUAUUAGUAUCGCACGCAUUCUUGGGCCUUUUUUGAAGAAAUUCCAAACCGAUCAGCCCAUGGUCCCCUUUCUUACACAAGAUGUACAAACCAUACUUGAAGCAAUCCUUUCCAAGUUUGUUAAGAAGUCUGUGCUUCAAGAGGCAACAACAUGUGCUAAGCUUGCUAACAUUGAUGUUAGCAAGUCUGAUAAUCUUCUACCACCAAGGAAGGUAGAUGUAGGUUUUGCUGCGAAGAUGUCAGUGCAUAAGAUGGAAAGUACUAAGCAAGCCACACCUCUACAAAUCCUGGAAUUCCAGAAUAAUUGCCUUGAAUUUCUGAAACAAUUAUCUAGCAAGGUAAUGGACAGAUCUCCUCUAAAGUACAAGAUGGCUAGGAAUCUGGUGUCUUUAAAUCCUAUUUACAUGGCAUCAAACCCUGAAGCAGCAACAACCAGAUUCUCCAAUGUCCUUCAGCAACUGAUAUCGCAUAAAAUGAAAUCUACCCAUUGUUGUGAUAUUGCUCUACAGCAGUACAAGGCAUUCCUUGCUGAUGUGGAGAGAUACAGUAAGGAGGACUUCAAGUCCUACCAGUCAUCAGACAAAGCACUUGAUGUCUUCCUAGCAGAGUACUUUCACCAGAAACCACAGUAUGCAGACCUUUGGCAAACAGUAAAGAUGCUGCUUAUCUUGUCCCAUGGUCAAUCCUGUGUUGAAAGGAUUCUCUGAUAACAAGGAUAUCGUGAGCAACAAUAUGCACCAAGACACGCUUGUUGGAUUUCGCAGAGCUCACAGUGGUGUCAAAAGUCUGGAAUGUCCAAUUGAAGAUUCUAUCACAACUGAGCUGCUUACAUCUUGUAAAUAUGCUAGUAACAGAUACAGACAAUCUUUAGCAGAGAAGAAAUCAAUUGAGGCAAAAACCCAUAAAGAAAGCUUGAAAAGAAAAGUCGAAGAAGACAUCAAGCAAGCAAAAAAGAAAAAACAAAAGCUUGAAACUACAGCUACUGCUCUUCUGAAAGAAGCCGAUGACCUUGCUACUAAUGCAGAAAUGAAGGGAGACUUUAGCAUUCUUGCAAAGUCGAACGCCUUGCGGGUAAAA